GCCGCGGGCUCCCCGAGCGUGUCCGAACAGCCCCUCUCUUGUCCGUGGCCCAGCCUAAUUCCCGCAGCGGGGCGGGCACGGUCGGGCAGCCAAAUCCCGGUCAGCUGAGGAGCUUAGGCGGGUUCGGGGCGAGCGGAGCGGAGCUGAGCUCCGGGCGGCAGGAGGGAGGGAUGGCGCCCAGGCACACGUUUAUUAAAUUUUGCAAUGGAAUAAUUCAGCCCAUGCUCAGAAUGGAGCACCAGCCCCUGCUCAGAGGGUCUAGCUCGCCCUGCAAGCUCCCCAGCUGGACGUUGUUCCUGGCUGUUUGUGCAGUUGGAAUUGGAGGCACCUUUCAGUAUGGAUACAAUGUCUCUAUUAUCAAUGCACCCACUCAGCAUAUACACAAGUUCUUAAACGAGACCUGGAGUAGCCGUUAUCACAAGGAGCUGAAUCCAGAUUUGCUGACUUUUCUUUGGUCUGUCAUUGCUUCCAUCUUUUCCCUCGGAGGCCUGUGUGGAGCCCUGAUUGGAGGCAGCAUGGCCAUACGCCUGGGCAGGAAAGGAGCUCUUUUGAUGAAUAAUGUUAUAGCAAUACUAGCCUCCAUUUUAAUGGGGAUCAGUUUUCCUACAGGAUUGUUUGAGUUACUGAUUGCUGGAAGGUUUUUGAUUGGCAUAAAUUCAGGUGUUGGGCUCUGUGUGCAGCCUCUUUAUAUUGGGGAGUUUGCCCCAAAACACCUCAGAGGUGGCUUGGCCAUGGGGACUUCCAUCUUUCUGACUGGGGGAAUUCUGACAGGACAAGUAAUUGGUUUGAGAGAAUUAUUGGGUGGAGAAAAGCAUUGGCCUCUGUUGCUAUCCAGCAGCUGUAUUCCAGCAUUAGCCCAACUGUUAUUCCUUCCAUGGUUUCCUGAAAGUCCCAGAUAUCUUCUUAUUGACAGAGGUGAUGAGCUGAGCUGUGCCAAAGCUUUGAAACGAUUUCAUGGUUCCUCAGAGUACCGAAGGGAGAUGGAAGACAUCCAGCGGGAAUGCUUUGCCUUAGAUGGGGAGAAACCCAAGAAGCCCUGGCAGUUAUUCACUGACCCUGCUGUGAGAUGGCAGCUCAUCACUGUCAUCGUGAUGACCAUGGGCCAACAGCUCAGUGGCAUUAAUGCUAUUUAUUUCUAUGCAACUUACGUUUUUGAACAAGCUGGGAUUGUGGCAGAAAAAAUCCCGUAUGUGACACUUGGCACUGGAGUUUGUGAAUGUCUCACAGCCCUCUCCUGUGGUUUGCUGAUAGACUAUGUGGGAAGAAGAUGCCUUAUCAUUGGGGGUUAUCUCCUCAUGACACUCUGGUGCACUGUUCUGACCUUCUCUCUGACUUACCAGGAGCUGUACUCCUGGGUGCCUUACAUGAGCAUGAUGUGUGUAUUUGCCUUCAUCUUGAGCUUUGGGCUGGGCCCAGGUGGCAUAACAAACACCCUGACAGCUGAGUUAUUUGUACAGUCCUCACGUCCUGCUGCCUACAUGAUUGCAGGGACCGUGAGCUGGAUUAGUUUCUUCACAGUUGGAAUGCUCUUUCCCUUCAUAGUGAAUGGACUGAAGCAGUAUUGUUUUGUGGUGUUCUUACUGGAGUGCUUCUUUGUUGCUGCUUUCAUCUUCCUCAUAAUUCCUGAGACAAAAAACAAAUCGUUUCUGGAAAUCAAAAAGGAAUUUCACAAGCUUAAUUUUGGAAGAAAUGCCAGGAGAAAGGAAACGGAGCUUUAUGAAAGAAGGCAACUCCAAGAUGAAUUUUUAAAGGUUUCUGCAUAAUUUCACAAAUGCAACAGAACUUCAGUGAGAAUUAUGAACCUUGUAAUACAUGAUCAAGUGGCUUAUUAAAUCUUCCUGUGUAUUUAGAGGAAGUGUAACUAAAGGCAAGUUAGUAUUGCUGAAAUACUAUUAACAACAUAUUGUAAUAUCCACAGAAAAUUUGAUCUUUAGCUGUAACCUGGGGCUGUAGGGAUGCAGAAAUGCUAGGGAGGAUGUUCAGUGAGCCCCUCUGGCAGAUUUCUGCAGAGAAUUCAGCAACUCUUCUUGCAUUUCAAAGCCCUGUGUUCAGUUUGGGUCAUUGGGCACAUCCAAAUGCUUUGCUGAGUGUAACAUUCUGAGUUCUUGUUAAAACCCACACAAGAACUGAUAGCUGAUAUUUGAAAUAUUCCAGUUUAUGUAGAAAUAGUGGUAUUCAGUUUUUGUUUUUUCAGUUAUGUAACUUUGAAAGCCUUAAAGAUAUUCCUCAUCCAGUCCUACUACUGUACUGUGCAACAAAAGUAUAGCACUCCCUGAAUUACUCGUAUUUGUAAUAAAAAUGUUUAUCCUGAUAAAAGA